AUGGGUCCCACGGACAGAGGGGGUGAGCAAGCCAGUGAUCCACCGGCAUCAUGGCUUCCACAUUGGAUAUGAAGUGUUUUUAGCACACCCUAGAAGAAAAUAGCCAUUCAUUGUUGAAAAUCGGCGCCCAUUCUAGUGUCAUAUUGGGACUGAGGGGCCGUGCCGCCCUCUUCUCUCCCUCGACCGCCUCUAGAACGAGGAUCUACAGUGUUUUUAUUGUGGGUUUUCAUCCAUAAAUCGUGGAAGAUGGCCGACGUACCGGCGGAGUGCACCAUCAAAGUGAUGUGCCGUUUCAGGCCCUUGAAUAGUUCAGAGGUGACCAGAGGGGACAAAUACAUACCUAAGUUUCAAGGGGAAGACCAUGUGGUCGUCGGGAGCAAACCGUUCCAGUUUGACAGAGUGUUCCAGCCUAAUACGACACAGGAGCAAGUAUACAACGCCUGCGCCCAGAAGAUCGUCAAAGAUGUUCUGGAGGGGUACAACGGGACAAUAUUUGCAUAUGGACAGACGUCAUCCGGCAAAACCCACACGAUGGAGGGAAACCUUCAUGACACAGAUGGGAUGGGGAUCAUCCCCAGGAUAGUGCAGGACAUCUUUAACUACAUCUACUCUAUGGACGAGAACCUGGAGUUCCACAUCAAGGUUUCAUAUUAUGAAAUUUACUUGGACAAGAUUCGGGACCUCUUGGAUAUGUCAAAAACCAACCUGUCAGUGCAUGAAGACAAAAACAGAGUUCCCUAUGUCAAGGGAUGCACUGAGAGAUUUGUCUGCAGCCCAGAGGAAGUCAUGGACACCAUUGAUGAAGGCAAAUCUAACAGACAUGUAGCAGUUACAAACAUGAAUGAGCACAGUUCCAGAAGUCACAGUAUCUUCCAGAUCAACGUGAAGCAGGAGAACACUGCUACAGAGCAGAAACUGAGCGGAAAGCUCUACCUCGUCGACCUGGCUGGAAGUGAAAAGGUCAGUAAGACGGGGGCGGAGGGAGCCCUGCUGGACGAGGCCAAGAACAUUAAUAAGUCUCUGUCUUCACUGGGCAACGUCAUCUCAGCUCUGGCAGAAGGCUCUGGUUAUAUCCCGUACAGAGACAGUAAAAUGACCAGAAUCCUUCAGGACUCUCUGGGGGGGAACUGUAGGACCACCAUUGUUAUCUGUGCCUCUCCCUCCGCCUACAACGAGUCAGAGACCAAGUCCACCCUCAUGUUUGGACAGAGAGCGAAGACCAUUAAGAACACGGUGUGUGUGAACGUGGAGCUGACGGCAGAACAAUGGAAGAAGAAGUACGAGCGGGAGAAGGAGAAGGGCAAGGCCCUGAGGAACACCAUCACCUGGCUGGAGAAUGAGCUGAACCGCUGGAGGAACGGUGAGAGUGUACCGGUGGGCGAGCAGUUUGACAAGGAGAAGGCCCAGGCUGAGGUGCUGGCCCUGGACAAUGUGCCUAACGACAAGUCUGCCUCUACCCCCAACAUGCCCCAGCUCCGUCUGUCCGACGCAGAGAAGGACAAGUGUGACGGGGAGCUGGCCAAGCUUUACAAGCAGCUGGAUGAUAAGGAUGAUGAGAUAAACCAGCAGAGCCAACUGGCUGAGAAGCUCAAGCAGCAGAUGUUGGACCAGGAGGAGCUGCUGGUGUCAUCGCGACGCGACCAUGACAACCUGCAGUCGGAGCUGAACCGCCUGCAGGCUGAGAACGAGGCUUCCAAGGAUGAGGUGAAGGAGGUGCUGCAGGCCCUGGAGGAGCUGGCUGUUAACUACGACCAGAAGAGUCAGGAGGUGGAGCAGAAGACCACGGACUUUGAGAUGCUCAGCGAAGAGCUCAACCAGAAAUCAAACGUCCUGACGUCCAUUGACUCUGAGCUGCAGAAAGUGAAGGAGAUGACCAACCACCAGAAGAAGAGGACCAGUGAGAUGAUGUCAUCACUACUCAAAGACCUGGCAGAGAUUGGCAUCGCCGUGGGCAGCAACGACAUCAAGCAACACGAGGGCAGUGGUCUGAUAGACGAGGAGUUCACGGUGGCUCGUCUGUACAUCAGUAAGAUGAAGUCGGAGGUGAAGACCAUGGUGAAACGCUGUAGGCAGCUGGAGAGCACCCAGUCAGAGAGCAACCAGAAGAUGGACGAGAACGACCAGGAGCUGGCCGCCUGUCAGCUGAGGAUACAACAGCACGAGGCUAAGAUCAAGUCCCUGACAGAGUACCUUCAGAACGUGGAGCAGAAGAAGAGACAGCUGGAGGAGAACGUUGACUCUCUGAACGAGGAACUGGUCAAGAUCAGUGCCCAGGAGAAAGUCACAGCCAUGGAGAAGGAGAAUGAGAUCCAAUCUGCUAAUGAGGUCAAGGAGGCUGUGGAGCAGCAGAUCGCUGGUCACCGUGAGGCCCAUCAGAAACAGAUCAGCAGUCUGAGAGAUGAACUGGACAGGAAGGAACACCUCAUGACUGAACUGCAGGAUCUGAACCAGAAGAUCAUGCUGGAACAGGAGCGCCUCAGGGUGGAACACGACAAACUCAAGUCCACUGACCAGGAGAAGAGCCGGAAGCUGCACGAGCUCACGGUGAUGCAGGACAGGAGAGAGCAGGCCAGACAGGACCUGAAGGGACUGGAGGAGACUGUGGCCAAGGAGCUCCAGACCCUGCACAACCUGAGGAAGCUGUUUGUCCAGGACCUGGCUACCCGAGUGAAGAAGAGUGCUGAGAUGGACUCUGAUGACACAGGAGGCAGCGCAGCUCAGAAACAGAAGAUCUCCUUUCUGGAGAACAACCUGGAGCAGCUUACCAAGGUUCACAAACAGUUGGUGCGUGAUAAUGCAGACCUGCGCUGUGAGCUUCCUAAACUGGAGAAGCGUCUGCGUGCUACGGCUGAGCGGGUCAAGGCCCUGGAGUCGGCCCUGAAGGAGGCCAAAGAGAACGCCGCACGCGACCGCAAACGCUACCAGCAGGAGGUGGACCGCAUCAAAGAGGCCGUCAGGGCCAAGAACAUGGCCAGGAGGGGCCACUCCGCUCAGAUCGCCAAACCCAUUCGUCCUGGCCAGCCCCCAGUGGCGUCCCCCACCCACCCCAAUGUGAACCGCAGCGGAGGGGGUUUCUACCAGAACAGCCAGACCGUGGCCAUCAGGGGAGGAGGAGGCGUGAAGCCAGACCAGAACAGCUGAGGACAGGAUGGGGUGUGACCACAGAAGAAGCAGAAGGAUAUCACCCUGACAACCUGUCAUCCCAUUACAGCCAUUGGCUCCUUGCAGGGUAUAUAUUAGAGUGAGGGAGGAGUUUUAAUAUAAAUAUAUAAAUAUUCCUUGCCUGUACAGAUCCACCUCCCCUCAUGUUUCUUCUCUCUGAAACAAACAUGAACAACAACUACAGAAAUGAAUUUAAUAUACAAAACAACACAACAUCCACCAACCACAGAGUCUUGGUGUUAUGAAUGACAUGUGACUUGAAUGUGUAGCUUUGUUUCGUUGCACAGUUUGUUGUCAUCUGUGUCUUAAGGUUUAGUCUGCACUGUGCCAAGUUGAAUGUACUGUAACCAGGAUCUCAAAAGAGGUGAGAGGAAAACAUAAAAAGCGACUGGGGAAAAAAAGAAAGAAAAAGAUGAUUGAUGACACAGAUGUUAUUUCACUAAUCUCUUGUACAGCACAUUUCCUUAUUAUCCUCCUGGUUGUACAACACUUCUUUCUCUGAAUAGAUUUUACAAGCUUGUUAAAAAGUCUGAACCGAAUAGAUGGCUAUCGAGCACUACUGUCCUAUUGUACAGGUGUAACAUGGCUCUGUACCUGCCUCCUUAUGAGGUGUUUGGAUUUGAAACGCCAAGAGGUGGACUACUGUGUGGAUUUAUUUCAUGACAGAAUACCUGUGGUGGCCAUUGUUUUUACUGUAAGGAAAAUAAAGCGACAUGCUGGUGAGGUGGCUACAUUAAACGUAUGUGAGAAGGAAAGAGGAGUCCGAUCAGGAGCGAGCUGUCAUGUCUGCGUCCAAAAUGACAGCCUUUCCCUUAUAUAGUGCACUUCUUUUGAACAGGACCAAUAGGGCUCUGUUCAAAAGUAGUGCACUAUAUAAUGAAUAUGGUUAUAUUUGGGACACUACUUAUACCUUAUCACAGCCUAUUCAGUCAAUUUAAUGAGCUGUUUUUAGCGGUUUUAAAUGCCGGUUGUUAUUUAUCCAUCUGCACAUAGGAGCACAUGCAUAGACUACUGGUCCACUGAGAUAGAUGGCUCACACAUGCUUGUCCUGUCCUAGCUAGGUCUUCUCAUCCAUUCAUCACCUUUGCCCUGACCUCCUCUCUAAACAAACCAAGGAUAUUGGCUGGUUGCUGUUUUACAUUGUCUGUUUCUAGUAUCUUAUUGUUAUCAAGGGGCUCCCCUCCCUGUCAUGUGAAGUGGAUUAAACAAAGUUAAUCAACUAUGCUAUUGGAUACUGCUAUAUUUUAUCCAUCUAUUUUGUUUGAAUCAAUACUUUUCCCAGAGCCUUAUAUUGAGAAUGAGACUUUUCCAAAAAUAUAUUGUUUCAAUUAUCUGUAUCUCUAAGGCUAACAGUACUACCCAUAGAGUCAGCUCUAAGGCUAACAGUUACUACCCAUAGAGUCAGCUCUAAGGCUAACAGUACUACCCAUAGAGUCGGCUCUAAGGCUAACAGUUACUACCCAUAGAGUCAGCUCUAAGGCUAACAGUUACUACCCAUAGAGUCAGCUCUAAGGCUAACAGUUACUACCCAUAGAGUCAGCUCUAAGGCUAACAGUUACUACCCAUAGAGUCAGCUCUAAGGCUAACAGUUACUACCCAUAGAGUCAGCUCUAAGGCUAACAGUUACUACCCAUAGAGUCAGCUCUAAAGCUAACAGUUACUACCCAUAGAGUCAGCUCUAAGGCUAACAGUACUACCCAUAGAGUCAGCUCUAAGGCUAACAGUUACUACCCAUAGAGUCAGCUCUAAGGCUAACAGUUACUACCCAUAGAGUCAGCUCUAAGGCUAACAGUACUACCCAUAGAGUCAGCUCUAAGGCUAACAGUACUACCCAUAGAGUCAGCUCUAAGGCUAACAGUACUACCCAUAGAGUCAGCUCUAAGGCUAACAGUUACUUACUACUUAUUGGUAAAGUAAGGUGCACAUGUAACCUCACUGUGGAUCGCUGUACUGUAUCUGUCUAACUGUUCCCUAGUUAGACAAGUCAAUUGGAUCUGGAUUGGUUGGUUUGGAUGGCAGUGUUUGAUUGGCCCACCUUUGCCACUGAUCAGCCAGUCAGAUGAGCGGGGCCUUGGGUUAGGAAGGAGAAUAGGGUGAAAGAGCUGCUGAUCCAGUCUUAUAUUUCCCCCACUGAUGGUAAAGGUUAGGAUUCGGGGAGGGGAAGCUGAUCCUAGAUCUGUACCUAGGGACAACGUCACCCUGGAGCGGGUGGGGAACAUAGUUUGGUUUAGUCUGCUGGUAAACUAGGGCUUUGUGUGAAAUAGCAGCCUAUUCCCUAUAAAGUGGGCUUUCAUACUCAGCCUAUCCUAAAGAAGUCAGUCUUUUGGAAAGGUUUAUUCAUCAAAUAUCUAGUCAGAAGCCAAGGACUAUACAGAUAUAUUUUACACUUUUUCUCUUCUUGCAUUUUUUAAAUGUCUUCCCGAAUCCCCUUUUAUAUGAGAGUAAAACGUUUUCCCUUGAUUUUAUGUCCUGGUGUAAAUUCUGAAACAUUUGCAAAAACAUCGCUGUGAUUGAAGCUCAGCAUGAAUCAAACCACCGACAUCUAGUGAGUCCAAUAUGAUUAUACUGUAUAUCAGGGGUGUCAAACUCAUUCCACGGAGGGCCUAGUGUCUGCAGGUUUUUGGUUUUUCCUUUCAAUAAAGCCCUAGACAACCAGGUGUGGGGAGUUCCUAAUUAAUUAGUGAUGUUAAUUCAUCAAUCAAGUACAAGGGAGGAGCGAAAACCCGCAGACACUCGGCCCCCCGUGGAAUGAGUUUGACACCUGUGCUGUAAAUCAACAAUAUAUUGUUAGGUGUGACAAGGGUUAAAUCUUUUGAAUAGUCUUUAGCCAUGACAAGGUGAUGGUGUUUAUGAAAUUAACGUUUGUUGUCUUGGAAGGAUUAUACAUAAAAAUGGAUAGCACUUCAGAACUCGUCACCAGAUACACUUGCGCUUUAACGUAAACCUAAACUUAGGUUCGUUUUUAAAACACUUCAUACCUGUGGUAACUUAUGAGGGGGAAGUGUAAAGCAUUUUCAAAAGUCUGAUAAAUGUAACUUAAAUGUAUGUAACUUUGUUUACAUGAUUGGUAUAGUGGUCUAUUUUCUGUUAUUAGAGGCUAGUUUGGGAGAGGUAGGUAGCCUAUACCUAUGACAGGACAAUGCUUUGCGUCUAUCAAGUUUUCCUCUUUGUAACUUUUAGAACAGUAAACGCUUUGCAACAUGGUCUUCGAAGUGCUUAGUACCUUAUCCUUACCUGCCCAGGGUUCUACUGAUAUUUUUUAAAUAUAUAUUUUAUUUUAUUUCACCUUUAUUUAACCAGGUAGGCAAGUUGAGAACACGUUCUCAUUUACAACUGCGACCUGGCCAAGAUAAAGCAAAGCAGUUCGACACAUACAACAACACAGAGUUACACGUGGAAUAGACAAACAUACAGUCAAUAAUACAGUAGAACAAUAAGUCUAUAUACAAUGUGAGCAAGUGAGGUGAGAUAAGGGAGGUGAAGGCAAAAAAAGGCCAUGGUGGCAAAGUAAAUACAAUAUAGCAAGUAAAACACUGUAAAAGUCUAGAUCAAGAAGCACAUCAACAGCCAUUUGUCCAUGGUGUUUACCAACCGAAUGAAUUAGCUUGCAUUGAUUCUAAAGAAAAGCGUAGCCACUUUUUUAUUACUGUGUAAUAGUAACUCAACAAUUUCUAAUUUACAGAUAAUGACAAAGGUACUGGGUCUGUCCCAACUGGCAUCCUAUUUCCUAUGUAGGGCACUACUUUUGACCAGGGCCCCUAGGGCUCUGGUACAUAGGGAAUAGGGUUCCAUUUGGGACGGAACCAUAGAGAACUGGGCCACAAUCGCAGCGCUCUGAUUGGAGGAGGAGGGGAGGUUAAAGGUUAAUGAUAUCACCUUUUUGGAUUGACUGCAUGAUGUAAAUGUAUGUGUGAUUAAAUCGUUAUGAGAAAAACA